ACGUAGCCGUAGGGUACCAGCUGAGAACAGAUGAGAUUUUUUUUCACAGGGCCUUGACAUUUUGAUCGGACAUGGUUUGAAAAUCAGAAAUGGACAGACUAAAAAUCAUAAAGAAUCAUUUAUUGGUGAAAGGGAGACAACCAUGUAUUACUAGAAAGCUUUGUAGUUUUGAUUCAUCUGAAGAUUGUCUGCAUUUGAAGAGUGGACUUCAGAAGUUAGGUCUAACCAAUAUAGAGGUGAGUAGUCCCCCUGUGAACUAUGAACACUAUUACAGAACACUGCUUACACCAGAAGCUGUAAAGUUUGUAGCAGACCUGGUGAAUAAGUUUGACAAUGAUGUUGAAGAGAUUUUCCAAGAAAGGCAGAGAAGAAAGUUAUUAUUAGAUUCCACUGGUGGUCUGCCAGAUUUCAGCAAAAAAUCUGCAAUUCUCCAUGGAAACUGGAAAGUCAGGCCGGUUCCACAAAGGUUACAGUGUAGACAUGUUGACCUUGGUGAUGUGUCUCCUAGCAACACAAGUCAUUUUGUAGCCAGUUUGAAAACUACAGCUCAAGGGAUACAGACAGAUUUUGACGAUGGGCAUUGUCCUACAUGGAAGAACCAACUUCUAGGAUUGUAUAACAUAUAUCAGUUUGUUCAUGGAAACAUUGCAGGUGUUCCGCCUGUGGACCAGGCACCAGUCUUAAUGUUGAGGCCAAGAGCAUGGAACAUGAUAGAGCAUAAUCUGUUGGUAAAUGGUAAAGAGGUUCCAGGUCCAUUGUUUGAUUUUGGACUUUUGAUGUAUCACAAUGCCAGAAUUCUCCUAGAUAAGGAAAGUGGGCCAUUCUUUUACCUUUCCAAGAUAGAAGGAAGUAAUGAAGCCAAACUGUGGAACAAGAUAUUUGAUUAUACAGAAAGGAAGUUAGAUUUGCCACAUGGUUGUAUAAAAGCCUGUGUAUUGAUAGAGAAUAUUCUUGCAUCAUUUGAAAUGGAAGAGAUUUUGUAUGAAUUGAAGGACCAUUCUGCUGGACUGAAUUGUGGUAUAUGGGACUAUUCUGCUUCAUUUAUCAAUAAAUUUGGUCACAGAAAAGAAUUUGUCCUACCAGACAGAAAUAAAUAUGUGUCCAUGGAUCGCCACUUUCUGAAGAGUUACAUGGAUUUAGUUGUGAAAAUAUGUCAUAGUCAUGGUGCACAUGCUACAGGUGGGAUGGCAGCACCAAUUCUACCUAAUGGUAAUACCAGUGGUACUGUAUUUCAACAAAUUAUUGAUAAAGUUAAAGGAGGUAAAGUUAAAGAGAUACAAGCUGGUGUAGAUGGUUUUAUGGUCUAUGAUCUGAGGUUAUUACAACCAAUGCAGCAGUUGUUUAAGAAAAUGUCAUCAACAACAAAUCAGCAUCAAAUUAAAAGACUUGAUGUGAAUCUCACAGCUAAAGAUUUACUUAAAAUGCCCACAGGAGGAGUUACACAACAAGGUUUAAGGCACAACAUUACAGUUGGUAUUCUCUUCAUUGAGGCAUGGUUGAGAGGUCAAGGUCAUUAUUAUCUUAAAGGUGCUGUUGAAGAUUCUGCAACUGCUGAAAUAUCAAGAUCACAGGUUUGGCAAUGGAUAAGGCACAAGGCCACAUUGGAAGAUACAGGAGCUGUUGUUACCAUGAAAAUGGUACACAACAUUGUACAGGAAGUGAUUGGAGAAAGAUUUUGGUCAGCACAGAAUGCUGAACAAUUUUCAACCAAUCAGGACAAAGAUAGACUGUUAACUGCAGCUAGAAUGUUUGAGGAAAUUGUUACAAAACGAAACUUUCCUGAAUUCCUAACAACUUAUUUGAAUUUGGAUCAUACAUUUUUAGAGUAUCAGAAAAAGUCGAUGUAGAAAAAGUCAUUGAAAAUCUUGAAAAAUUAACCUUAGAGAUCUGUAGUACUGGAUAUGGGAUAGGAUAGAUUAUCAGGAAAUAUAGAGAUUCAAUGAAAAACAGAGCAAAAGAGGCUUGUUAUAGAAACAUAAAGCAGGUGUGUGGCAUUCAAUACAUACACAUACCAAAAAUUAUUUUUCCCCCAAUUUUCACUUUAUACUCAGUUCUACUACAUAAGCAAUUGUCAUGUGACAGUUGUGAUAAUUUUGCCUUCUGUGUGUGCCAUAUAAGUUCUGGAUUCUAUCUGAAAUUCUUUUUCAAUUUAUUGUUUUUUCUUAAGAUUAUCUCACACAUCCCUUGUAGGAGUCACAUGACAAAUGCUACUUAGAGGAAAAGUUAUCUUCAUCUACCUUGUUGACCCAUUGCUCAAGUUUAUAUGCUGUACAUUUCUUGUAAUGCCAUUCAAGUUGUGCAGUUUAAAAGCAAAUCUACUAAUGCAGGUUAUAAACAGGUUUUUAUUUACAUGGUACUGUAAAUUCAGAAAUUAUUGCGAUUUUGUCAUUUUAGACUAAACUGCGAUUUUAAUUUUUGCGAUAUUGAGAAAAAUCCUGUUUAAUUCAUAUAAAAAAUUUCAAAAUGCGAGUUUAAAUUAUUGCGAUUUUAACCCUGUCGCAUUUUUCGCAAUAAUAAAAACAUUGCAAUAAUUUCUGAAUUUACAUGGUAGUUGUUUUACAACCCAGCAGGAUUAUUCCACUCGGGUACUAUUGAUCUGUCUCCUUUUUAGCUCACCUGGCCCAAUGGACCACGUGAGCUUUUCUCAUCACUUGGGGUCCGUCAUCAUCGUCCGUUAAUUACUUUUACAAAAAUCACCUCCUCUUAAACUACUGGGCCAAAUUUAACCAAACUUGGCCACAAUCAUUAUUGGGGUAUCUAAUUUAAAAAAUGUGUCCGAUGACCCUGCCUGCCAACCAAGAUGUACGACAUGGCUUAAAAAAGGGGUAAAAUGCAAGUUUUUUCUAUUAUUUUGAAAACCUGAAAGGGGCAAAAAAUUUCAGAAUAUUGAGCUUUACCAGUUGCUCAUAUACGUCAAAACUGUCAGACAAUUUUUUGUAGGAGUUAUUGGUCUUAAAUGACAAAUUUUACCAUUUUUUUUCUUUCAUUUUUGCCUGUUAUCUUGAAAACUAGAAUGGAUAGAGAGAAACUUUAAACUGCAAAAAGAAUCAGCAAGUCAAGUUCUACAGUUAUGUCUUCAUGGUCGAAAUCGUCAGUCGACUCCUUAUUAGAGUUAUUGACCUUUGAUGACAAUUUUUACCUAAUAUCGUAAAAAUUUGAAUAGAUAGAUAGAAACUUAAAUUAGCGAAGGCAAGAUCUACUAACAAGUCAAAUUGUGCCGAUAUAGUUAGUAGACUGUCACUCUUUAUAGGAGUGAUUGCCCUUAAAUGAGGAUUUUUUUUACCCUUUUGUGUUUUGAGCGAAAACUAAAGAAGAUAGAGUGAAACUAAACAGCCUAAAUGAUCAACUAUACAAGAUCAACAAAACAGAGAUUUUUGUCAUGAAUUCUGUUCUCGUCUACAAUUUUGGAGAAUGUCCUUUGUUGAAUAUGCACAUAGACCAAGGUGAGCGACACAGGCUCUUUAGAGCCUCUAGAUAUGCCUUUUUAUAUAGGAUUUGUGAUUUUCAUCUAAUCUGUAAUCUUAUAAAAUGAAUAUUUGUUACAACAACUCACUGAAUUAUUGGUAUACUGUAAUACCACUAUUCAUCAAUCUGUAAUUAGACGAUUUGAUAUCUAGUUUGGAACUUUAUGAUAUUGAUGAUGAGUUAUGCGGCUUAAAUGAUAUAUUCAGAUCUGCCAGUUAGUCACUUCCUUUUGACGAUACUUUGAAUUUUCAUAUUUGCCCACUGUGCAUGAAAUUUUUUGUCACUUGAGUGAAUGUGGUUUACUCUGCUUACAAUUUAAGCACCUAUUCCUUUAAUUUUCAAUACACCAUGAAUGUAGAAUAGAGUUGUAAUUUUUUUGUUAUUUAAGUAUUUGAUAAAUGGUUUGUUUCAUUUUUGUCGAACCUGCGACAUAAAGUGCGAGACUUAGCAAUCCUAGAUUCUGUCAUGUCGUAGGUGGAGGCAUCAACAUUUAGGUUCAGUUUGUGGUUAAAGUAUUUUAGACAUCAAUAACUUUGUCAAACCUUCAUGGAAUUUUAUGAAAUUUGGACAGAAAUUUGUUUAAGAGCAAAAUUUUAAAAAUAUUUCAUUUCAUUUUCCCAUAUUUUACUGAUAAAUGGACUUGGUUUUUUUACAGUUAACAAGUAAAUACAGUCUGCGGUUAAAGUUUUUUAUACAUCAAUUACUUUGUCAAACCUUCAUAGAAUUUUAUGAAACUUUGGCAGAAGCUUUUUUAUGAUGAAGAGGUAAUGUCUGAAGCAAACUUUUGAAAAUAUAUUUUUUUCAUUUACAUAUUUUUCUGAUAAAUUGACUUUUUAGUUUUGUACAGUUAACAUUUACAGACAUUCUUUGAUUAAAUUUUGUUGAUAUGAUAAAUUUGUAAACCUUCAUUGAUUGUUUUGAAACUUGGACAGAAGCUAGUCGUCAAGACCAAGAAAUAGCAUCUAAAGAAAAAUUAGGAUUUUUUUUUUAAAUUCUUUAUUUUACUGAUAAAAGGACUCACUUUUUUAGUCAACAUUGUUACACUUUUACAAUGACAGCAGCAAUCGCAGGUAAGACACAGGGUUCUGUAGAACCCUUUACAGAUUUUUUUUUUAACAAACUGCCCUCGUUUGCUUUAUUUUUAUUAAAUAAGCUAUUAUUAAAUGUAUAACUAUUUUACUCUACUCUUGGAGUGGGGCUAUAUUGCAAUCACCUUGUCGGUCUCUCUGUCUGUCAAUCCCUCCAACAAAUUAUUUAGUCCCAUUUUUCUGAGGUUCUAUUGAAUAUAUUGAAAAGAAUAAGUUCUUAUGUGGCCAGUAGCUUGACAGUGAUGACUUUUCUUGUAUGAAGGCUUUUUAGAUCUAUCAGACAUAUACUUCCUGUUUUCCAUCACUUUUAUAUAUGAGUUUGAGUAUGCUUAGCAUGGCAAUCAUGCAUUCUUGUGAUUUUUUUUAAGAUAAUCAUAUUUAGGACAGUUUGUUAUUGAAUAGCAGUUUAGCUAAACAUUGUUAUAAUGAGUAAUAUGAUGUUUUGGAUAAUUGGUAUCAGGUAAUGUAUUUUGUAAAUUUUUAGCCCACAUGGACCUAUAUCCCAUGUGAGCUUUGCCAUCACUUGCUGUUUGUCAUAGUCCAUCUUUGUAAACAUUUAACCAAAACCUUAAAUCUUCUCCUUUACCACUGGACCAAUUUCAGUCAGACUUUGGCUAAAUGAUCCUGAUGAUAUUUGGUAUAUGGUUUAUAUUUUUUAUACCUGUAAGUCAACCAACAUGCCUAAACAUAGAAAAUAAUGGUAUAUUGUGUUAAUCGUCUUAUAUCCUGAAAACCAUGAAAUAGAUUGAUUGAUUGAUUGGUGUUGAACAUCAUUUUCAGCACUAUUGUGCUAUUUCGUGGCGGUCAGUUUAUAUUGUAGGAGGAAACCAUAGUGCCCAGUGAGAACCACAGACCUUUGGUAGGAAAACUGACAAUCCUAGUCAAUUAAGAUUGGAGUCUAGCGCACCUGCCACAUGCUGGAUCGGAACUCACAACCUCAGUUUUGAUAGGCUAGUGAUACAAUAGUUCGAUUACUUAGGCCACUCUGCUUCUGAGGCCCCUAUAAAGAUCGAGAAAAUCUGACCUGGGGAACAGGCUCCGAAGGUAAAUAUCUUCUUGCCGGUACUCAUUUUUCUUUGAACCAAAAUUUUAACUCUUCAUAGGAUUUUUGCCUUUGAAUGUAAAUUUUCGACUUAUUUACUUGUUUUUGAGAAUUAUCUCCAAAAUUAUAAUAGUAAGGAAGAAAUUGUAAAUGGAAAAAUUAACAGAAAUACAAGAUCUACAAAAUGCAAUUUUCAUUGAAAUCUUAGGAAAACUUUGUAAGGAGUUGCUGUCUUUAAAGGACAAAUGUUUUACUUAUUUUACUUAUUUUAUAGUUUUUGGCCUUUUAUCUAUAACUUAUAAAUCAAUGAUAGCUGUAAACAGUAGAAAUGAUCAGCAAAACAUGAUCUACAAAUAUGUUAAAAUAAAUGAAACCAUAGAACAACUUCUUAUAGGAGUAAUUUUCCCUCAAUUGACAAUUUUUAUUACUAAUUAUCAAGUUUUUGCCCAUGAUAUCAAAAACUACAAUAAUUAGGUAGAAACUGUAAACAGCAAAAAUGAACAGCAAUACAAGAUCUACAACAAGCGAAAUGACCAAAACCAUGAAAUGACUUCUUAUAGGAGUCAUAAUGUUUCAAGAUCGUGUCUAAUCCCAAAACUAUAUAGAUAGUUUAAAUUAAUCAGCAAUACAAGAUAUAUUUUUAACAGGUGAAUGAUGCAGGCCCUUAGGAGCCUCUUGUUUAACUUUUUCAACAUUUACAUGUUUGUCUUUACAUGCUUUUAUUAUCCAAUGAAUAAAGAAAUCAUAUAUUGUGGAUACAAUAUUUAAUGUUGGUUACCAAUUUUCAUGAAAUAAGUUGUAAAUAUAAAGGAUAAAUUCAGAUUAUGAAUUUUCUAAGGCUUUGAUGCAGAGUUUGGCAAAUCCAUAAAACUGAAUAUCAAUAAAGAUUCAAUUUUUCUCCAUCCAAUAAGUUAAAUGAAACCACAGUACAUGCAUACAGGUACUUUAUUUUUACAUAAAUCAGGGUUUUCAUUGAAAACACAAACUGAUUUUUACAGAUUUGUUUUUUUAUGUUAAUUGAUAUUUUACAAUUACUUUCCUUUUUAACAAUUUCACACUAUGAAGUAUUUUCAACAUUUGCUAUCCUAAACUUUUCUCCAUUACACAUAGUGAUAGAUUUUUUUGGUUAUAGUUCUAAUUAUAGUGUUACAUAUUUAUGAGUUAAGCUCAAGAUCUGUAUUUUAUCAUUUGUUUUGCAUUUUAUGUUUCAAAUUUUCUUGAUGGCAUAAUAAAUUUAAAUAGAAUAUAUAUUGGAGGAAAAAUCUGAAAAUGCAUUAUUAUUAUGAUUAUUAUUAUUUUUAGCAUUUUAGGUUCAAACAGACUAUGAAAAACUGUCCUCAUUCAUGCUGGAAUGAAUUGAAAAUAAAUGUUUCACUGGAAUAACAACUUUUCUAUUUAAUAAUACACCCCGUAUUCAGAUAUAAAUUAGAUAGACACAGUGAAAAAAAAACUCAAUUGAAAGCUUGAAAUAUGUUGUUGAUAAAGGUUUAUUGUUGAAGCAUGUGAAUUGACUUCAAGAUGUUUAUUUUUUUAUACCCCUGUCGUAGGCGACUGGAGCAUGAAGUGUCACCCUUGACUCUCCGUCUUUCCGUCCUUCCAUCUUUCAAUCCAUCUGUCCUAUUUUGGAUUGUUUGAAGCUUGAGUGGGGGCAUUCGUAUCCUAAGACACAUUCUUCUUUUAUUUUGUGUAAAGAUUGCUCGAAAGGCCACCGAAUACCCUAUUGGUACUGGCUUGAUAGCUUGAUAGAGCACUUACAACAUAAGGGAUUGAGGUGAACAUUCUGAUAUUAUUCAUGUCAAGCAAUUUCUAAAUGAUAUCUUAGAAGAUAUUAUAUAUUCAUGUUACAAAAUGAUGAAGAUAUGUAUAACCAUAUAUACCUAUCAAGGAAACUAUUUUAUUGGAAACUUCAUACAUUGUGCAUGGUGUUUGAAUCUCUCUUUAAGAGAAAAAAAAUUGAGCUACAAUUAUUGACAAUGGAAGAUAACUCCUAAUUCAAAAUAUUGCCUAAAUUGUCUCAUUACUCAAUUCAACAUAUACAAUACAAUGUUUAUUGUAAGAUCACAUUGCAAAAUGAAAGCAACCUUUACCCUUCCAUGCUUACAAUCACUUUGAUUUUAUUGUGUUGUUGGAUUGCUUUUUUCUUAUUAUUUGCGUAACUGCACUUUACACUUUCUUCAAAUUCUAAAUUAUCAAUUUAAAAGAUAAUUAAAACAUAACGUUUAAAGUUCUAUCAUUUAAUGUAAACUACACUUCUUGUUACUACCACAACAUGCACAGUAUAGAGUGUUUGCUUUUUUGUAAGGAAGAAGGUCAUGUUCAUUAGAUGCUGUAUUUAGCUUCAAAUCGAUUGAAGAUUAUAUGAAAUUAUACCUAAAAUAAUUGUUAAGUAUGUGCAGACUAUAAUGUUUUUCAUCAAUUGCCAUUAUCAAACAAGUUUUUCAUAUUAAACUUGAAAGAUGACAAUAGAUUAAAUUUGUCUUCUAAAAAUUACAAACUUGUAUAGAUUUUUUAAAUUAUAUUCAUGAUCGAGUAUAAAAUAUACAUGACAUUUAAAAAACCAUUCAAAAAUUUGGCCAAAUAAAUUCCUUACUGCACCCUCUCCCUUUAGGAAACUUACCUUUCCUUUCAAUAACUUCUACAAAACUUAGCAACACUAUAUAAAACCUUUCAUAAUGUGAGGUGAUUGAAAUCUUUGUUAUAUUGUUCACUAAAUCUUUGUGUGAUAUGAAUAUCGGCAUUUUACUUACAUGUGUGAUAUAUCUGCAUUUUACUUGCAUUUGUAAUAUAUCUGCAUUUUACUUGCCUUUGUGAUAUAUCUGCAUUUUACUUGCAUUUGUGAUAGAAACAGACAAAAUAAAGUUAUUUAAACAAUACUUUUGUACACCAAAGAAAGAUUUGACAUACAGAUUGAGCUUUAACAAACAAAAUGUAACAUUUAUUGCAUUAUGGAAAAAGGAUGCACUUUUUACUCCCUAUAAUUUUAGUAGUAUUUCUUUUUUCUACUGCUGGUUCUUGUUCUCUGUUCUCGUACAACAUUGUCUUCUUCUGGUUCUUGUUCUCAUUCAACUUUAUCCUCUCCUUGUUCGUGUUCUCAUACAACUUUGUCCUCUCAUUGUUCUUGUUCUCAUACGACUGUCCUCUCCAUGUUCUUAUUCUCAUACAACUUUGUCCUCUCCUUGUUCGUGUUCUCAUACAACUUUGUCCUCUCCUUGUUCGUGUUCUCAUACAACUUUGUCCUCUCCUUGUUCGUGUUCUCAUACAACUUUGUCCUCUCCUUGUUCGUGUUCUCAUAAAACUUUGUUCUCUCCUUGUUCUUGUCCCCAUACAACUUUAUCCUCUCCUUGUUCGUGUUCUCAUACAACUUUGUCCUCUCCUUUUUCGUGUUCUCGUACAACUUCGUGCGCUCCGCGUUCUUGUCCCCAUACAACUUUGUCCUCUCAGUGUUCGUGUUCUCAUACAACUUUGUUCUCUCCUUGUUCAUGUUCUCAUACAACUUUGUCACCUCCGUGUUCUUGUUCUCAUGCAACCAAGUCUUCAUACCAUAACUUAUAUAAAUAUAUCUACAACUGUUCAGAUUGCGAGCUCUAACCCAUAUAUGUUUUAUAUUGCCAUGACAAGAUUUUUCCAAUGCUUCAUAGAUUGUUGAGGACCAUAAGGUUGGGAUCAUGUCCAUCCUAUGGACUGUGAAAAACACUUCGAAUAUUGGUAUAUGGAAAGUGCUGUAGAACUUAUCUAAUUGUUUAUCAAAAGUAAAAUAACAAAAAUAUCAACCUCCAAAUUUUAAAACGGAAAGUCCCUUAUCAAAUGGCAAAAUUAAAAGCUCAAACACAUCAAACGAGUUGAAAACAACUUCAUGUCAUAUCCCUGACUUAGUACAGGCAUUUCCUUACGUAGAAAAUGGUGGAUUAAACCUGGUUUUAUAGCUAGCUAAACAUCUCACUUGACAGUCGCAUACGCAAUAUGCAGCAAAGACUAACACAUUUUUUUUAUAUAAGUUUAACAAACUAAUUAUGCAUUCCCCUUGGCAACUAAUGAAAACAAGAUAAUAUACAUGUUCAUGUAUAUUUCAAAUGACGUUAGCAUUGUGACAGAUACGUUAUAUAUAAAUGUGACAUACGAUUGUAGUUUCGAAAUAUCUUCUAAUCAGUGUGGUUACUGACGUAAACAAAUUAUUGAUUUUAGUACCUGUAUCAUAAGAAAAGUUCACUAGUUAAAACAGUGUAACCAAUAGUUUGCAACGAAAUAAAGGAUACUGAAAUUUC